ACGCAACUGGUAUGAGUAAAUGUGGGUACGAAUAGCUGAAAUUCCAAGAUGGCGGAUUUACAUGAAAGAAAAAUCAAAGAUGCACAGAUGCGUGCCACAAUCAACCAAAAGCUUGUUGAAACAGGAGAAAGGGAAAGAUUAAAGGAAUUAUUGAGAACAAGACUGGUAGAGUGUGGCUGGAGAGAUCAAUUAAAGCAACAUUGUAAAGAGGUUGUAAAACAGAAGGGUUUAGAGCACAUAACUGUUGAUGACCUUGUCUCGGAAAUCACUCCAAAAGGCAGAGCUCUGGUUCCAGACACUGUGAAGAAGGAACUGUUACAGAGGAUCCGGACAUUCCUAGCUCAACAAAGCUGAUAACUGUGAUAACUGUGAUCUCAUAUCCUUAUUGUCAUCAUAUAAUAUAAAACACACACCUCAUCCAUUGCCAUAUACUUCUAACCUGCUUGACUACUCAACAGAAAUUCUCUAAAGUCUGAACAACAUGGACUAUGGACUUGUAAAACUUAACAUUAUGUAACACACAACAGCUUGACCUGGGGAAACGGUUAAAUUGGUAUCAGCUUAUAACGAAAAAGAAAUGGCUGCAGAUGUUGGACUGGAAAAUUGUGAAAUUCAACUGAUAGUAUUAUAAACAUUUCCACUGAACUUCUGGAACUGUUAAUCUCUGCAUUUUGCUUUGCCUGGAAAUGAAUACACGAUGCCUAGAAACUAUCAUUGAAGACUUGACAAUAAUUUAAUGUUACAUUCAAAUUUGAUUUGACUGGUUCUGUGUAGUGUACAAAUAGAAGUAAAUAACAGUCCUAAAAUUGUUGUUAAAUAUUAAAGUCAAUUUUAUUGAUAAAAAUGUAAUUGACUUAUUUGAAAGCUACAUGUUUACAGUUGGGGGUUACAAAUUAAAUUAUCUCUGUUUAAUAUCUCAGUUGUAUAUCAGAUGUAUAUCUGACAUUGAAACAUAUUAUAAAAGGUGAAGAGUGGAAUUUAAUAUUUGCAGAAAGUUGCAAAAUAUUUGAGUUUGUUUAUCAUUUCAGUAGUGUCUCGGGUGCUUUUCCAUUUUGAAACAUUGUUUUUGCAUUUUAAAUGAUUACUUGGCAAAUACGCAUAUGACAACAAGUGUGUUUUCAAAGGCCACUUUCACUGUGUUUUUGAAGGCCACUUUUACUAAGUACAGUGUUUAACAAAUUUUAAGGAGACCUGUACGUAACAUAUGUGAAUACUAAGUAGCUUUGUAUAUUGGAGAUCUUUUUGGAUUAAGAAAUUUUUUUAACUUUAUGAAAAUUGUCGAAAAGGCCAGAAUUGAUAUCUAAGUACAAUGUUUAACAAAUUUUAAGGAGUCAUUGUUGAAAAGGCCAGAACUGGUAACAGAACUAUGCUUUGUGACAUUUUUCUGAUUUGUAUUUUGUCCAUUCUUUGUUGUUCUUUACUUGAUCAUGUGAGGAAGCCAUCCAGCUGGCUUACGGAAGGUCGGUGGUUCUACCCAGGAGCCCGCUCGUGAUGAAAUAAUGCACGGAGGGGCACCUGGGGUCUUCCUCCACCAUUAAAGCUGGAAAGUCGCCAUAUGACCUAUCAUGUGUCGGUGCGACGUUAAAUCCAACAAAAUCAAAUCAAAUCUUUACUUGAUCAUUAAAUGUUAUGAUACUUUGUACACACAUAUUUCGCACAUUGAAAGAUUUUGAAAUGAAAUGGGAACAGUUUUAUCAAUUCUUA